AAAUGUUUGCCACCAGAAGUUGCGACCAGAAUGGAAUGUGGAUUGGCAACAUAACUAAUUUUACUAGAUGCGUACCAAGUAUGCAAGAACUCUACCCUAGUGAUUCCUGGAUACCAACUGUUGUCGCAUGGAUUGUUAUCAUUGGUUCUGCUCUCUCGAUUGUAACACUAUCUAUAUCUCUCUUCAUCUUCUUUUACUUUAAGAGUCUUCAUUGUAGCCGCCUAAAAGUUCAUAUUAAUUUGUCGGUGGCAUUGCUCAUAAAUUUGAUACUCCUCAUUGUCUCCUCGUCUCCUGUUCUCAUUGAUAUCUCUUACAAACAUACGGAGUGGAUGUGCAAAGGAGUUUUGAGUUUACAAAUGUAUUCUGGGCUAUCAAGUAUUAAUUGGAUGUUUGUUGAAGGUCUUCUCUUGCAUAGCCGGGUGACUGUUCAUAUUUUUAAGAAAGAUGCACCUUUCAAAUUAUAUUAUUUCAUUGGUUGGGGUAUUCCAGCUAUAUGUAUAGGUAUAUGGUGUUUUUUAAUGUCCCAUUACCAUCACACAUAUUGUUGGACAGGAUACGGAAGUCAUCAAUACAUUUGGUUCAUUACCGGACCCAUGAUUUGUGCUUUGUUGGUUAACAGUGUGUUUCUAGUGGAUAUCAUUCGAAUUUUAGUUACAAAGCGAUUAUCUAAUCAAACAGCUGAAACAACCCAUGUACGGAAAGCUGCAAAGGCUACUGCUUUACUAUUUCCACUGCUGGGCAUUCCACAUCUGUUCUUCUGUAUCAAUCCAAAAGAUAACGGGAACUUAGAAAACGCCUAUAUGAUUGUAAAUGCAUUUAUAAAAUCAUUUCAAGGCUUAUCAGUCUCUAUUCUGUACUGCUUCAUGAAUGCUGAUGUUCAAACAGCACUAAAAAAAGCAUUCAUGCGCUUGCAGGCUCAACGGAAUCCUAAUCAGCGCUUUAAAUGUCGCAGAGGACUUUCUCAAACUUCUGGUACUUACUUUUCAACUCAUUCUGAAGCAUCCAAUACAGAAAGCAGUCGGAAAAAGAAACAGCCAUAUCGUACCAUUCUGAAAUUGCAAGAAACUACGAGCAGUCCCGAAGCGAAAAAUAAACAAGAAGCAUCAACUGAAAUAUUUUGAAUAAAUUACAUCUAUUUACAAGUUUCAA